GAGUGAGGAUUAUAGUUUCUGUUUAAGAUAGGUAUUAGCCAUUAGGUAUCUGUCUACAUUCUACUUCUUAUUGAACAUCGAUCUGUCUGUUUGAUAAUUUCUUGUUUAAUUGUUUUCACUAUGACCCUGUGAUUCCGUUUCGUCUUUGGCUUUAAUUAAAGUUGGACAUUGUUUCGGCAAAGAUUACUUUUCUCUUUGGAUUGUAUAUAUGCUUAUAUACAUAUAUUAAUUUAUAUAUAUGCUUCAACAUGUAUUUCGAAAUCUCGGGCAUGAAUCCAAGCUUUUAUUUGAAGUCGAUUUACUUCGAAUUUUCAUCUUUUGAGCUCUUAAACGGAGAGUUGGGUUUACUUUUUUCUGGAUAUCGUCAACAACUAUUACCAAAAGAAGGAUGCCACUGUUGAUAUGCCAGUUUGCGAUUCCUAAUUAAUCAGGCAGUAACAAGGGUGGGACCAUUUUGUAAUGCAAUCUCAGAUGUCUUCACUCGUAGCACAUUACAGGAUGAUUAGUGGAAGUUGCUCAGAGACAAACUGCUCUGGGCAUGGAGAGUGCCUAAAUGGUACCUGCUUCUGUGAGAUACAGUUUGUGGGUGAGGAAUGCCGCCUCACUAAUACAUCAUACUUUGUAAUUUUUGCAACAGUAUUCUUCAUAGUUGCAUUGGUCUGCCUUGUUCAGUUAAUAAUGAGCAUUAUAGCUGAAUGGAACCGACUCAAAACUCCAUCUGUAUUGCGAGCUUGUAGAAUAACAACUCAGAAAUUACUUUACUUUGUUGUCUUUCUUGCUGCAGUUAUACGGGGAGCCUAUUUUACAUCACCUAAAGCUUUUGAAGAAGGAUGGUAUAGAGGUUUGAUGAGCGCUUACUAUCCAUUAUUACUCUCAGGAUCAUCCCUUAUUGUCUGCUUCUGGGCAGAGAUUUUUCAUCUACGAGAUCUAAAAUGGGAGCAUCGGCAGUUCCUAAGCAAGUCAUUCCUUGCUUUUGUGACUUUCAAUGUUAUAUCUUAUUCACUACUCUUAGCUGAAUUUGUUGUUGCUCACUUUCUUCAGAACAGCGAAGAAUUGAAGGGAUUUUAUUCUCUUGUGUUUAAUGGGUGCUAUGCAGCCCUUUUAUUCAUUGUAGUAAUUUUUUUCCUAAUAUACGGUGUUGAGGUAUUCUUCAAAGUUCGAGGUGGGUAUCUCAUUGAUGAAGCUGAGCAUACGACAACUUCUGAAGAAUUGACUACUCUGUUUAAAAAUAAUACAGGCACUUCUUUAAUAAAUAAAAAAGAUGAAGUCAAUUUGUCUCAACUUAAUCAAUCAAGGUUGGGUCUACUCUCUCAAGCGCUAAUGCUCACUGCAGUAAUGAUGUUCUUAUUUUCUGAGACAUUGGGCCAUUUUUGGAAAAACAAGGUACCCAUAUCUUCAAGAAAUAUCCUAGAUCUGAUUUUUCGAACUGCAGAGAUAGGUGUUGCUCUGUGGUUCCCUUGUGUUCUGUGGAAUUCUAUGAAACCAGAACAACUUUGGAUUUUAAAUCCAAAAAGGAUUCUCAAGUCACAGGUGGCACAUGUUCAGCCUAAAGCUGAUACUCAGUUUGUGGAAAAGUCCAUGCCAGAGGAAACUGUUGAAGGUAAAGAAUGCUGGAUUUGCUAUGACAACACUAAGACUGAUUCAGGGCCAUUGAUUCAGCCGUGUUUCUGUAAAGGAGAUGUUCAAGCAGUACAUUAUGAAUGUCUAAAGAAAUGGUUAAUUGAGAGCAAACAGUCAUUCUGCCUUGUUUGCCGUUGUCAGUAUGGACUUAGUAACGAAUCCAAAGUCAAACUGGGAUCAUUUCUUGCUUAUCAAGCCUGGAAGCAGACACUUCUCACAUUGGCACUUGUCGUGGCUUCUGUCUGUGUUGCUACUGUGGUAGUUCGCCUUGUUACAAAUACUGUAGGAAAGGUUGCUGCUGUUGGUUCUGCACUUCUUAUCCUCUACAUAUGUAUUAAGUUUCUCUGUGAAAAGCAGUUGGAUACCUACUACAAAGCAAGGGUUUCUGCACUCCAAAUACAUUCACAUAACCUUGUAACAAUAUCUGAAACAUUAGAUGAUGAUCGAACCAUUUAAUUGCAUGAGUAACAAGCUUUUUCUAUCAUUUUCAUAUUUAUCAUUAGAAAUAGAAAGAAAGGUAUAUUGUAUAUCUUUCUUUAUAGGUAUAUCUUUCUUUCUUUUUUCUUUUCUCAAAUACAAACAAAUAAGAAAAGAUUGCAAUUUGGAAUAUUUGUUUUAAACAAAAAAAUAAGCAUCUACUUCUUUGGCCAAUUCAUAAUACUUAGAUUUGUAGUAUUGUUGAAUGUUUUUUGUUGCUUGUUUUGUUUUAAAAAAAUGAAUUAUCAUUGUUCCUUUUUAUUAUUAAGAAAAAUGUUACAAAAGUAUAACAAAAGCGUACAUGCAGGUUAUCCACUAGUGUACCUGAGGGAUUUGCAAAAACAUUCAAAUUGUCAUUGGUUAGUGAAUUUCUAUAUAUUUUUCAUUUGGUUAUGUAGGUGACAGUUGCACAUAACGUAUAUAACAUUGAUAACAUCAAUAUUAAAUAAACCAACUCAUGCUCAAAAUUAUAAUAAGUUGUUAAAUGAUUAGUUCAAACAGUAAAACAAAGCAAUAAAGCAAUAUAUAUUUAUAUAUAUAUUUUUUUUUUGUGAAAUUUUUAUACAUCUUAACAAAUCAUUAUUAAAAAUAUCAAAAGACAUUUUUACUUUCUGAGAUAUAUUUGUUUUUAACUAGUAUCUUGUUUCAUAUGUUGUACACUUAAUUUUUGUAAAAAGUAUAAUGUUACCUGAAUGUCUUCAUUUUGAAAAUCGAUCUUAUUUGGAUUAUUGAUCAUACAUAUUUUUUUAAAUAAUUUAAUUAAUAAAUAAGAACUAUUUGUAUUACCAUUCAUCUUGAUUCCAUAUUAGCUUCUCUCCUCUAAAGUUGAGCACUGAAAUCCUGUGAUAAUUACUGUCUGGACAUGGUUUAAUUAUUUUCACUUUGAUUUUACAAAUUAUAGUUCAGUUUGCUUUGUUAUCCACAUAAAUUUGAAUAACCAAAUCAUUUAAGCAUGUAUGCUUUUUGUAGAGUGAUUAAACAUUUAUUUGUAUUUACCAGUCUAUAAUAACUAAUGAAGAUUGUAAAUAUAAAAUAAUCAUCAAUGAUUCAUUAGUAGUUUUUCUUUAAAUCAAAGCUAGUCAGUCUUUUUAUUCUACUUUUACAAAAGAAUGUGCAAAAUGUUCAUUGCAAGAAUUUAUUAAAAUAUUUUGUUUAGUUAUAAGGUGUUGUUUUACUGUAAUUUUAGAAAUUUAAUCUAAUUUUUCAUUAACUUAGUUAAACAUAGUUCCCAUCCUUAACAAUGAUACUGAUUACUGAGUUACAUAAGCUCAGCUCUGCACAUCCAUGAAUAUGUACAUACACUGUACAGAGUAAACUUUUGUUUAAUUCUAAUAUUUUAGUCAAAGUUUAAUUGUCUUCCUCCACUAUUCAAAACCUGUAAAUUGCAAUGCAUAAUUUAUUUAUAUUCAAGUACUCAGUGUAUAAUCAUAAUAAAUAAUGGCAUAAUAAAAA